AAGUGAACGUCACUGACACAGGAAUGGGACUGGAAAGAGAAAACACCAUCAUGAUGAUGAGGAAGAUGUCUAAUCCAGUCGUUUAGGAAACAAAAAUCGUCGUUUCCAUCCAGGAGAAAGGAUGAAUUGUUGUGCUAGAGCUGGAUUUGAGGCAUCAGGAAGGGCACUGGCGUGUUGCUAAAUGGAGUCGGAGCAGCUGUACCACAGAGGCUACUGCAGGAACAGCUACAACAGCAUCGCCAGCGCCAGCAGUGACGAGGAGCUGCUGGAUGGAGCCGGCGUCAUCAUGGACUUCCACACCACCGAGGACGACAACCUGCUGGAUGGGGACGCUGCCUCCCCAGGGUCUAACUACGCCAUGUCUAACGGGGGCGGGGCACCCAGUAGCACCACUCACCUGUUGGACUUCCUAGAGGAGCCCAUCCCUGGUGUGGGAACCUACGACGACUUCCAUACCAUCGACUGGGUCCGAGAGAAGUGCAAGGACCGCGAGAGGCAUCGGAAGAUCAACAGUAAGAAGAAGGAGUCAGCAUGGGAGUUCACAAAGAGCCUGUACGACGCCUGGUCGGGCUGGCUGGUGGUGACGCUCACUGGCUUGGCCUCAGGUGCAUUGGCCGGUCUGAUCGACAUCGCUGCCGAUUGGAUGAACGACCUGAAGGAGGGCGUGUGUCUGAGUGCCAUGUGGUUUAACCACGAGCAGUGCUGCUGGACGUCCAAUGAGACCACGUUCGCUGAGCGGGACAAGUGUCCUCAGUGGAAGAGUUGGGCUGAGCUCAUACUGGGGCAGGCUGAGGGCCCCGGCUCAUAUAUCAUGAACUAUUUCAUGUACAUCUACUGGGCUCUAUCCUUUGCCUUCCUGGCUGUCUGUCUGGUCAAGGUGUUUGCUCCCUACGCCUGCGGCUCAGGGAUUCCUGAGAUAAAGACCAUCCUGAGCGGGUUCAUCAUCCGGGGUUACCUUGGAAAGUGGACCCUAAUGAUAAAGACCAUCACUCUGGUUCUGGCAGUGGCGUCCGGUCUCAGUCUGGGGAAGGAAGGCCCACUGGUCCACGUGGCCUGUUGCUGUGGGAAUAUCUUCUCCUACCUCUUCCCAAAGUACAGCAAGAAUGAGGCGAAGAAACGAGAGGUUCUCUCUGCUGCAUCGGCUGCUGGUGUUUCUGUUGCUUUUGGAGCUCCGAUUGGAGGAGUCCUCUUCAGCCUGGAGGAGGUGAGCUAUUACUUCCCUCUGAAGACACUUUGGCGCUCUUUCUUUGCUGCCCUGGUGGCAGCCUUUGUCCUGCGCUCCAUAAACCCGUUUGGUAACAGCCGCUUGGUGCUGUUUUAUGUGGAGUACCACACACCGUGGUACCUGUUUGAGCUCAUUCCUUUUAUCCUGCUGGGAGUGUUUGGAGGACUCUGGGGAGCCUUCUUCAUCAAAGCUAACAUCGCUUGGUGUAGGCGGCGCAAGUCAACACGCUUUGGGAAGUACCCGGUGUUGGAGGUGAUCUUGGUGGCAGCCAUCACCGCCGUAGUCGCUUUCCCGAACCCAUACACGCGUCAGAACACGAGCGAGCUGAUAAAGGAGCUGUUCACAGACUGUGGUCCACUAGAGUCCUCACAGCUCUGUCAGUACCGCAGUCAGAUGAACGGUAGCAAGGCCUUCACCGACAACCCUAACCGACCGGCUGGGCCUGGGGUCUACGCCGCCAUGUGGCAGCUGUGCCUGGCACUCAUCUUUAAAAUCAUCAUGACCAUAUUCACCUUUGGACUCAAGGUCCCGUCUGGUUUGUUUAUCCCCAGCAUGGCCAUUGGGGCAAUUGCAGGGCGGAUUGUGGGCAUCGCCAUGGAGCAGCUCGCCUACUAUCACCAUGACUGGUUCCUGUUUAAAGAGUGGUGUGAGGUGGGGGCUGACUGCAUCACACCAGGACUCUACGCCAUGGUGGGGGCCGCUGCAUGUCUGGGUGGUGUAACCCGUAUGACCGUCUCCCUGGUCGUCAUAGUCUUCGAGCUGACGGGCGGCUUGGAGUACAUCGUCCCCCUCAUGGCCGCCGUCAUGACCAGCAAAUGGGUUGGCGACGCAUUUGGACGAGAAGGAAUCUACGAGGCGCACAUCCGUCUGAACGGGUAUCCUUUCCUGGACGCCAAAGAGGAGUUCACGCACACUACGCUUGCAAGGGAGGUGAUGAGGCCUCGACGCAGUGACCCGCCUUUGGCCGUGCUGACGCAGGAUGACCUGACGGUGGAGGAGCUGCAGGCCAUCAUCAAUGAGACCAGUUAUAACGGUUUUCCUGUGAUCGUAUCCAAGGAGUCCCAGAGGCUGGUGGGCUUUGCUCUGCGCAGGGACAUCACUAUUGCUAUUGAAAACGCUCGUAGAAAACAGGAGGGCAUCAUGCUGAACUCGCGAGUGUACUUCACCCAGCAUGCACCCACCCUGCCAGCCGACAGCCCCCGGCCCCUCAAACUGCGCUCCAUCCUGGACAUGAGCCCCUUCACCGUCACAGACCACACCCCUAUGGAGAUCGUGGUGGACAUCUUUAGGAAGCUCGGCCUGCGUCAGUGUUUGGUCACUCACAACGGGAUUGUGUUGGGCAUCAUCACAAAGAAGAAUAUUUUAGAGCAUCUGGAGGAGCUCAAGCAGCAAGAGGAGCCCCUGGCGACUUCUUGGUAUUAUUACAAAAAAAGAUAUCCUCCGCCACAUGGCUCAAAUGGCAAAUCAAGACCCAGAGUCCAUCAUGUUCAACUGAUCGGCUCCUUCCAGGACGGCUGGGUGGGAGGGGGAAGCGGCAGUGACGAGGAGGAGGUGCGCCUCCUGGACGGCUCCAACCUCUGACACAUGGACCUUUUUUUGUUUUGUUUUUAGUUUGAGCUUUUAGACCCUGACUGAGAGACUUAACGGGGAAAGACUUGAUGAAUAAACUUGAUUAUCAUUCUGGCUGCUGAGGACACACAAGAGGAACGCACUUUGUACCUAAACACAAAAUCACACCAACACUUUUGCACUCAGACAUGCAUGCUCUCUCCAAACACUGUACAGACACAUAAAACCUUUUUUUUUUUUUUUUGCACUCUUCAUGUGCCUCGCCCUUCGUCCACUCUCCGCUGAGGUUGUGGUAGACGUCGCCUGGCCGGGGGUCGACGGUCAGAAUGAACCGCCGAUGAAGGACGCGAUGAAGGACCUGAAACCUCCAGGCUUCAAUUAAAAAAAAAACAAAAAAAAGACACUUUCUUUACACCCCGCAGACACAAACACACCAGACCUGUCCGUCCUGCAGAGAAAUACAUUGUUUACCUGUGAAUUUUAUUUGUACGUGUGUCCCUCGCAUCACUACAUUCCAGCCAGGUUACCAUGGCAACUGAGUGGAAGUGCAUCUGCUACUCUACAAACAAAGGCAGCAGCAUCUCAUGAUCGCAUGGCACAUGUUUGUCUAAAAAGGAUGACUGUAACGUGAGUGAGGGCUGUAGACACGUAGAUGGGUACUGUAUUUUAAGAACAAACAUUUCUGAACCCUCUCAGAAGGAAACAUCGUGUGGAAAAAACAACCUUUAGUGAGUGUGUGUUCAUUUCUGAGCCAGCUUGAGCUUUGUGUGUGUGGAGCGACUGUAUGUGGGCUUGUAUGAAUGUCUCUGCCGUCAUAGUGAAGGCAGGUCGUGUUGGGGAGUAAACGAAGAAAAAGUGUCCAAGUUGAAUUAAUCUUUUGAUCUGUUACUGAGAAUAAAUUGAUCAAAGUUCCCUUUUUUUCUUCCACUUUCUCUCCUCUGGUUACUCUCAGAUGACUGAGUAGUUGAAAGUUAAGGCCCUUUGACUAUCAAUGCUUUUGUUUGCGCUGGCAGCAUCCAAUUCAACACAUAUUCAACAACAAACAGUGCAACGAUGCCCUCAGUGACAGCUGUUAUUCAAUACUCAGUGCCCUCAGCUGUAAAAGCUCAACUUUACAACACUGCAGCAUGCGUAAAUUCCAAUUAUUCUUUAAUGAAAGUGUUCAUUCCUUCAACUGACGCUAUGACUAAAAAUGAUAGUUGACUACCUUUUUUCCUUGAGGAUAAUGAGACUAGCUAAAAAUAGAUCUUUGGUGAUAAAAACCUGAUGAAAAGUUCAGUUUCCAUCGAGGAGACUAAUGCCGGCCUUACUCCAGAGGACUUUACUAAAACUCUUAAAAGACUCUAAAAAGACUGACAUCUGAGACCCUCUCACAUCUAAAUACAAUUUGUCAGCAAGCUGUUGAGUUUUCAGUCUCAGACUAAGAUUUUGCAAAGACUUUGGGUCACUAACUACAAUACUAGAAUACGAUUGCUUUUGAGAUUAUUUCCCAUCAUGCAUCUGGUGGAAAUUCACAACAGAUUUUUGAGCAGAGAAGAUGUAGAAGGAGAUGGAGAUCAUAUUUAAGUCAAUAUCUCUCAUAAUCUUAUGUUUUUAAAUUGUUUACAUUGACUAGAAACAAAAGGAAAGUUAAACACAGAAGCAACUUUCUAUGUUACCGUAACAACUGAGUUACUAUACCGGAAACACUACAGAAUAAAAGCACCGUAUGAAAACGUGAGUCGUCUCACCACAGAAACAAACUGAUUGGGCUUUUACUUUGAAAAUUCCAGUGGUGGUUUACCGUACCUGUCAUGUCAUCCUGGAAUAAAGUGACAGACAAGGAACACAAACACACAGCUGUUUCUAAUCUCUUAAGUUAUAAGCGGACAUUCAGCAGCUCUAGAACGAUCUACACUUAAGUUCAUGUUUUGAAGAAUAAAGUGAAUUAAUGUGCUUACGCACAACACUGGCUCACAUUGUUUGUGGACAACAGUUGCGUCACUGAGAAACAUGAUUUGCAUACGACCAGACCUAAGACUUAUGACAAAAACAAAUGUGUUUGAUUAUCAGAACGCCAAGACUGAAGAAAGACCGCCUUAAAACUGCUAAAACCAAGUCUUAUGGCCACCUUACACCUACGACCUACAUCUACAGCUACGACUUUAGCAAGACUCCCAUGGUUUUUUUAUUCCAAAGUGGGAAUUUUGUCUGCGACUUUGAAAUCAGAGGAAAAGUCAUUAGGUGUAAGGCCGCCUCAAGACAAAACUAAAAUGUAAGUUUUGGACUGUUGAUCAUUCAAAUCCAUAUUUCUCCGCUUUGCAUACAAGUUCUGUCAGUAUUUUCAGAGGGAUAAUUUAGAUCAGUUCAAAGUACUGGUGGUGCACUUUAAGAAGUGUCUCACACGUGGCACCAAUUUGGGGCUGUGGUCUUCACACUGGUUGUGGGAUCGAUUCCCGGUCUCAGUUCCCAUAUUUCCUGUCUCUGUCUGGCUAAUUAAAAAAAGGAAGUGCUUCACAUAGGACUGGGCAGUAUUCAUUUUUUUAUACUGUUAAACCUUCUUAAAAAUUUACCCCGGUAUACGGCAUUAUCACUACACGUUUGAAAACCAUGUUAUACAGGUUUAACAAGUAGUUGCCAGUGUGGCGGGCAGCUCUACUCAGAUAUCAUUUACUCCUUUUAAAAAUAGAUUUUAUUCUAAAAAAAAAAUCAUUAGGAACAUUUAUUGUAGGGGCAAUGGAAGGGAUUUACAGUUGCAGCAUUGUUUUCAGACUCACCAGGUAAACUAAGUUUCAACAAGACAGAGGAUCAAACCAUCCUGCUGUCCUUUUUCAUCUCUUUCUUUGUGUGCUGUUCUGAGGUAAUUUUAGAAAUAAUUAUUCAAACGAUUAUCAGACGGAGUCUAUAAAUGUAAAGUUAUAUUUCCGAAUUCUUUUAAAAUAGAAAUAGGUUGUAAAUAUUGAUUUUCACUUUGCGCAUCAGUAACAAGCUUGGUUCAGCUGCAAGUUCACAGUGGCCUACAAGGGGCUUUAAAAAAGAUAACAGACUACUUAAGCGCCCAAAAUAACCAACGAGUACCUUUUCACUUCAUCUACACAUCCAAUAUGAAAUGUUGACAUAGGUUUAAAUGCUUAUAAAUCUGACAGAUGAAUUUUAUUGUUGGAUGUUGCUGCUUGUCACAUUGUCAUUUCCCAAAAAAAGGAAUUACCGUGCUUUAAACUCACUUUGCUGUGGAUCAUAUUACCACCAGUCCUGCAUGUUUAAAAGACUGACUUUGAAGAGGACCAGAGCGCUGUGGCAUACUAAUAUUUAUGAGUGAGUCCUGUUCAUUCCUGGGUCCCUGUUUGACAAACUAACUAGACAUUAGCAGUUCUGUCAUCAAAAAUUUUUUCUCAUUACACAGCGCCAUCUUCAGUACUGCUGUUAAAACAAUACUUUGGCUAUUCUUAAUACUCUGGAGACAGUAUUACUAUAUUAUUGCCCAUUCCUAGUUUCACAUUUAUAUUAACUUUACAUUCAGCUGAUUAAAUUAGUUCAGCAGAAAUAAACGCCUUGACUUAAAGUAAAGACUAAAAUGUAGUGACUUUAUUAAGUUUUUGUUGACUAAAACUACAAAGUGACAAAAAUGUGACCAAAAAAAGAAAAAAAUCCAAAAGCCAAGACUAAAUUUAGCUGCCAAAAUUAACACUGUUUCAUAACCAAUGACAAUCAAGAAGGGCUGUGACUUAUGAUAUCAGCUUUUUCAACAUUGAGACAUUUCACACAUGUUGCUGCUUAUGACAAAACUUUUUCAGUAUUAUUUUAAAAUUUUCUUGAUGAUAAGUUCAUUUUUGUUACGUAACAACAGUUAGCGCUGGUGAAAAGAAACCGAAGCUUUGGGCGCUGUCGCUGCAAAGAAAGCCAUUCAUAGACAAUGAUCCUUAAACAACUUUUAUGUCUUGAAACAAACAAAACUGGAAAUCUGUUGUUAAUGAUCCUAUGGUGUCUUUCUCUUUUCUUUGCAAAAAAUAUUCUUGUUUUAACAAGAACUGCAGAUUUUUGUACAUCUUUACCCUAAGCUCUUUCAUAUGAACACAUUAUCCAUCUUUGGAGGCAUGAGCCUGAUAUACACAACAAAUACUUUAAAUUUCAUCCAUAUGAGGGAGUGUUUGAUAGAGAUGCACAGAUUGUGAAAAUUUAGGGCUGAUAGUGAUGUUUUUUAUGUAAGGCUUCCAAACUGCCCACAUUUUCUUUCACAUCGAAUCAUGAAAACAGAGCAAAAUUUGUCCGACAGGUUAUGUAAUCUUUCCAAUAAAAGACUAGGACGCGUAGUCAUGUCCACACAUCCUGUGUGAAGUAAUAUUGUCUUUGAAGGAGACUGCCGGGGUUCGAGUCCAAUCUGUGGCUCCUUUCCAGCAUGACACUCCCCACUCUCUCUCUGCUUCCAACAUUAUCACUGUACCAUCUGAUUAAAGACAAAGCCCAAAAAUAAAAUAUGUUUAAAAAGAUGGUAUGAAGGCUCUUCAAUUAUCAACUAAUACAAGACAACAGAUAAACUGAACAUAAAAUUACCGAAAGCUGUGAUGCUACAUUACUUGCAAAUGGGCCGAUGGCUGCCAAUAGGGAAGAAAUCGACAAACUACCAACAUUGAACUGAUACAUCAGUGCAUCCCUAGUAUUUCAUUUAUUUUGGUUCUACAGGAGGCAAACACAGCAUGUUUCUCAACAUUACAGCCAACGAACGAUAAAAAAAAUUUGACACUGUCAGCUGCUAGGUUAAACUUCUAGUUUUAGCAAUUUACGUUUAGAUUUUUCCUUAGUAGUUUAAAGUAAUAAUUUAGUAAUAAAUGAUUGAGUGUCAGACAUUAGCCAGUUGUAAAACACCAUGAAAUGCUGAAAAGUUUGUUUAAAUUGACGCAAUUUUAGAUGUAGUCCUCUUUAUUUACAAAAACGCCCUAUCUUAGAAAAUAACUCUCAUUGGCCUGGCCUGAAAAGCAGCUGGAAAUUAGUCUGAAUGCACUGAUACCUGCAAAAACGAAACAGAGCCAGCAGACUCAUCUUCCAUUUAUUGGAAGAGUUAUUUUCUGCUAGAGAUCCCACAGCCCUUGAAAACAACCAUUAAGUCUCCCUGCAUCUGCCAAGUGCCUGGCCAAAUUAUAACUAUUAUUUUAUAAUAUUCUGAUGUUUUUUACCCAUAUUAUUUCUAAAACAUAUAACAGGAACACCUGAAAAGCUCAGUCGCCUCCUCGUCUUCAAACCUGUUAUCCUUUAUAGUUAAAGGGACAUAAAGUGAUUCAGUGGACAAACAGAGCACCUUAACCUGUCGAAUGGCGGCUGCUGUGUGUGAGUGUGUGAGGUUGUGUUCAUCCUGUGUAUUUGUUUCGUUGCAGUGACUGCUCCUGCAGGGCCUCGUCUGUGUUAACAGUGGUGUUGCCUAACAUUGUGUUUCAUACUGAUCUCGAUGUUUUUGGUUUUUUUAAUUUAUGGUUAGUGUCGAUAGAGUUGUGCAUUAUUAUGAAUAAAUUUUAUGUAUGAUUACAUGAUUGUUUGAUUGUACAUUUAACUAUGUAAAGAUUAAAUUUUGUUUAAGAUUAAAAAAGAAAACAAGAUUCA